CAAACUGGUCUUUCUUUUUUUCCUUCUCUCUCUUACUUCUUGUGGAUAUGAUGGCUAAUAACACAACAAAUUUAGGAAGUCCAUGGCCAGAAAACUUUUGGGAGGACCUGAUCAUAUCCUUCACCGUGUCCAUGGCAAUCGGGCUCGUCAUCGGAGGACUGAUCUGGGCUCUCUUGGUUUGCUUGUCUCGGAGAAGGGCCAGCGCCCCCAUCUCCCAGUGGAGCUCCAACCGCCGGCUGAGGUCCUCCUACACCCACGGCCUCAACAGAACUGGGUUCUACCGCCACAGCGGCUGCGAGCGCCGGAGCAACCUCAGCUUGGCCAGUCUCACGUUCCAGAGACAAGCCUCCAUGGACCCAAGCAACUCCUUCCCUCGAAAAUCAAGCUUCAGGGCUUCCACGUUCCAUCCGUUCCUGCAAAGCCCGCCGCUUCCCGUGGAGCCUGACAGCCAGCUGAUGGCUCUGCCCACUUCCAGCAUCUCCCCGACCAUGCACAGCACCCACGGCCUGAGCCGCCCCGAUUUCCACUGGUCCACCAACAACCUGCGGCUGGGCCUUUCCACCCCGCCCCCGCCUGCCUAUGAAUCCAUCAUAAAGGCCUUCCCAGACUCCUGAGUUAGGGAGCUUGUCCUAUGUUUAAUUAUUUUUAAUUUCUUGUCUUUUUUUUCUUGUCAAAUCAUAAAUGUGGUAAAAAUAAUCAUUUUGAUGACAUAGUCCAAAUAAAAUGAGUAGUCAAGGUAAAACAGUACUGGACAUUACCAGUAUAAAAUAUUAAGGAUACGUUUUUCCCUUUAUGUCUCACUAAAAAAAAAAUAAGGAAUUCUUUUCCAUUUCCAGGUGGGUAUAUAUUUUUGUCUUUUGUACUCAGA